AUGAUGCUGCUCGGCAUGGGCUGGCAUAAGCCUGACAACUUUGCCGGGUCGUCGAGUUGGGCUAUCACGAUUGGCUUGUUUGUUGCGUCGGGCGGGUUGUUGUUUGGCUAUGAUCUGGGCGUCAUCAAUGGCAUCCUCGCCAUGGCCGUCUUCAAAGACCACUUCAGCACCAAUCAAUCCUGCAAAGACGACCAAGGCCACAUCGAUCUCUGCCCCGAAGACUCAUCUCUCAUCGUCGCCAUUCUCAGUGGUGGAGCAGUCAUCGGCGCUUUAGUCGCAGCUCCAUCUGGCGACAGCAUCGGGCGGCGGAAGACAUUGCUCGCAGCUGUCACCACAUUUUGCAUUGGAGCCAUCUUUCAAAUAUGUGCUCGAGCAACACCAAUGUUAUUAGUCGGGAGGUUACUUGCUGGCGUUGCAGUCGGAGCUAUUUCCGUUCUCGUCCCUCUCUAUCAGUCCGAGACUGCGCCGAAAUGGAUACGCGGGACCAUCAUAUGCAUGUAUCAAUUCUCCAUCACGGUGGGGAUAUUAACUGCGACUACUAUUAACGUCGGCACAUCCAAUAUCGACAGCGGUGCCGCAUACCGAAUACCACUUGGCAUCCAGCUCGUUCCCGGCCUCAUCCUCGCCUGCGGUAUUGUCUAUCUCCCCGAGACUCCCCGCUUUCUCGUUAAGAAAGGGCGUUUACUAGAAGCAGAAGUAUCUCUAAGUCGUUUUCGCAGACUGGAUAAGACGCAUCCCGCUCUGGUGGAUGAGCUUCAAGAGAUUAUUGCGAAUCAUCAGUAUGAACUAACCCUCGGUCUCGAUACAUACAAAGCCCUCUUCGCGAGAAACUCCUCCCUUGGCCGUCGGACCAUGACUGGCUGUGGGCUACAGAUGCUGCAACAAUUAACUGGUAUCAACUUCGUCAUGUAUUACGGAACCACAUUCUUCAGCAAUGCCGGGGUCAACAAGCCCUUUCUUACCAACCUAGCCAUGAUCAUCAUCAACUGCGUUUGCACAGUGCCUGGUCUCAUUGUAAUUGAAUCAUGGGGAAGGCGAAAGCUCCUCAUGGCUGGCGCUCUGGGCAUGGGCAUUUCUCAGUUGCUGAUAGCAGCUGUGUACUCGGCAACCCAGGACAAGAUGGAAAAGUCUCAUGGAGGGGCCGCUAACAUGGUCCUUGUCGUCUUUUGUGCUCUCAACAUCUUCCCGCUCAAAGUACGCGCAAAGGCCAUGUCUGUAUCAACAACAGCAAACUGGCUCUUGAACUUUGGAGUAGCCUACGCGCCACCAUACAUCCUCGGCAGAGGCGCAAACGCAUUCGGACUCAAGAUCUUCUUUAUCUGGGGGUCGUGCUGUCUCCUUUCCAUUGCUUUUGUAUGGUUGAUGGUAUACGAAACUAGCAAAAUGACCCUGGAGCAGAUUGACGAGAUGUAUGAGAGAGUGAGGCAUGCCUGGGAGAGUCCGGGAUUCAACCCGACAUGGAGCUUUCAACAGAUGCAGAAUGCGGGAUGGGCAGCGAAUGAGCAGCCCGAGCAACAGGCUGGCGAUGGACAUUCGGCAUCGAACGUCAACUCGACAGACGACGAGAGUCAUGAAACGGCACCGAUAAGGCCGGAUAAUUCACACGGAUCCACGACUCCAAUGGUGAAUUUGGAUUUUAGUUACUAA